CUCCUACUGUAUAACACGCGGUCCACCAAAUCACAGUGGUAGGGAAGGAGGCCGUCAAUGGUGACUGUCGAACGAGGCCGGGAGUGGCUUGGGCGUGGCUUGGGCGUGGCGCAACCCUCCUCGUUCCUCUCGCCGAUGAGCCCCCAAUGCAAACCAACCACCCUCUCGCAAUCUGACCACCAUACAGCACGCACAGCCAGGCAGCCGGACGCCGUUCCGUCAUAUAAGAACCGUCCUACUUGACAACCAGCGAAUCACCGAAAAAAUGCCUCUUUACGAAUUGGUGUGCAUAUCAAAGGCCGUAGCGCGGCAAAUCCCCAAAAAGCCAAUCCCCGCCCCCUCCCCCCGCCCCCGCCAAUCCGUCUUCGGCCCCACUUCACCAUCCGCCCACCCCCUCGCAUCCUCCACCCAACCAAAAUCAACGUUCUCCGCCUUCAAUUCCGCGCCCGAGCCCGAAAAGGCUGACGAGGUCAUCCCCCUAACACCCACCGAGGCGCUGAUGAAGAUGGCCGCCACGCAGAUUAUGGACCGUAAGGGGGUGGUGAAGGGGUUUUCGAUAAUGGAGCAGAAUAGACAGCUGGUGUAUCGGAUGAAGAGACAUCAGACGAUCUUUGAUAAGGGGGACACAUGGACAAUGGAAUUCUACGCAUCCCCGCAAUCCGUCCGGCAAAUGUCCAAAUCACUCAAUUUUGACGAACGGGUCAUCCGCCAUACCGUCGUCAAGCUCGGAGAAUCGUUGUCGGAACUCACGGGGUAUAGGCGGCCGGAGAAUAUUGUUUGAGGGAUCUGGAGGUGCGGCGGGGUGGAGGGAUGGGUGGUGGGCGAAUGUGGGGGUGCACACGGCGACUUAUUGCUGCGCGCGGUUUGUGAAGGUGGAGCGAUAGCCGAUAGACGAUUGACGGGAUGGGGAUCGGGAUAGAUGCGGGCGGGCGGGG